CAUGAAAUGUACUUGAUAAUGAGGGUGAGAAGCCACAGCAGUUGACAGUUCACUAUUGGCACCUUUAACUUCCAGCGGUGAACUUGCUUUCAGUGCAGCAGACAUCAUGUGACGGGGGGAGUGGCAAGAAAAAAAAAAAAAUCAGGAAACAUACCGACGCUGCAAGUGACAAGAAAGCUUUCAUCAUGGCCUAUCAGGCUGGGAUUCUAGAGGAGCCCGGUGUUUUGGUUAACCAGAUCAGCUCCAACAUCCAGAAGAUCACACUGCUGACCUCUGAGAUGCAAAGGGCAGUGUCUCUGCUGGGAACUGAGCAGGACAGCAGCCAGCUACUACAGACUCUUCAACAGAAACAGCAACAAGGCAGCCAAUUGGCAAAGGAUACUGACCAACUGAUGAAAGCAUUUACUGCACUCCCAGUUGGACCUGAUCAGCGUCAGAGAAAGAUACAGAAAGAGCGUCUGCUGAACGACUUCUCUGCUGCUCUGAACAGCUUUCAAAAGACGCAGCGAGAGGCCGCCAGCAAAGAGAGAGAGUUUGUGGCCAGAGUCAGAGCCGGCUCCAGACUAUCUCAGGGAGGUCAGCCUGAGGAUAACUUUCGAAGCGUUCCACCUAUACCAAGCGAAUCCCAGAUCCAGAUUCAGACUGAUGCAAUCACUGAAGAAGAUCUGAGCCUGAUCUACGAGAGAGAGUCAGCUAUAAGGCAGUUGGAGGCUGACAUCGUAGACAUAAAUGACAUCUUCAAGGACCUGGGCAUGAUGGUCCACGAGCAGGGAGACAUGAUAGACAGCAUAGAAGCCAAUGUGGAGAGUGCCGAUACCAGUAUCCAGAAAGGCAUUCAGCACCUCUCGCGUGCUUCAGACCACCAGCAAAGCUCCCGGAAGAAGAUUUGCAUUAUAGUGAUAGUGUUGGUGGUUGUUGCUGUUGUAGUAGGACUAAUCAUCUGGGGCUCCAUCAAAUUAUGAGGGCUUCCUCCUCCUCCUGUGUGAUUAUCAGCAUGGACCAAGGGUGAAAUUUCAUCCGGGUACUUUUUCUUCUUCAAAAACUGACAGAGGCGGAAAAAAAAUAAUGCAACAUCAUCUGCCUUCUUCUCUGUCAUGUUUUGAAGCUUUUUUUUUUUUUUUUUUUUUUUUAAAUCAGUUAUGUUUUCAAGAUAUUGUAGUCCUCACCGUCAGGGCUGCAUCCGCCUUCACUGUGAAGCAAAACUAGCUCUGAUAGCUUUAUUGUCAUGAUCAGUGUCUGAUUUAUGCAUGGUUUACUUUAAAAUGAAAGACUUUAUUGUUCAUCAGAUUGUCAGAUGAAGGAGGGGGGAGUAUUGUCGUGUUCAGAUGAAUAACUGCUGCCCCAACAAUGUCAACAUUAUGUUGAAUGUACACAGUACACACAAUGCUUCUCGGUGCAAUAAAGCAGCAUGUUGGUAGGGGAAGGUGAGAGGUGGCUCUCAUAUUGCUGCAGCUGCCUGUUUUUGUCUGGUUAGAUAUGCGAAAUCCACAUACUAAAAGUUUCUGAGCAAUAAAACAAUGAAGUACGGUAAAUUAACUGGAAAUGCACAAAUGCCAGCUGUUGGUCACAGUAAAAUUUAGCCACACUGCAUUCAGAUUUUUAAAUAUAGUCCUCUGAGAGAUAAUUUUAUCUAUUGUCUCCAAUAUUUUGAAUCAUCAUUAAUUAAAAUUAUGUUUGUUUUUUAAUUCAAAUGUAUGUGUUAUGAGUCCAACUUUAAUCUUGUUGUUGAGACAUUAACACUCCACUGGCAGUCACAAAUAAUAAGGGGAAGGAUUGGUUCUGAAAGUUGGGAUGUUGUGUACAAUGUAAACAAAGACUGUUCUCAUAAACCCAUAUUUUAUCCACAAUAGCAAAUUUUUAAACUGAGAAAUGAGCCAUUUUGAGAAAAAUAUUCGCUGGUUUAAAAAAUGUAUAUAUAUUUUUUUACAUUUUACACAGCAUCCCAACUUUUUUGGAAUCAAGUUUGUACUUUCAGUAGAUUAUUUAUUUAUUUUAGCUUGUUCAUGGAAUUCCAGUACCUGUCACACAAAGGACUGAAGUGAAACAUUUACAGUAAACAGUGGCAAGUCGAGUAAUACAGGGUGACAGCAUUUGUAGGUUGUUUGUCCUUCACUCGUAGUCCUCAGGAAAUGGUAACAAAUUGUGUGAGAGCUGAAGGUACAGUGCACAUUAUCACUGUUUUCUGUGACAACUCUCUUGUAAUAAAAACAAGUAAGAAGAAGCCCAAACCUAAACCAAAACGUACUAAUGCAAAGUACUGUAAGUUACCUUGUAUUAGUAAACACUAACACUCUUAUUGCCACAAUUAUGUAUUUGAACCUGAUGGAAAAUUAUGAUCAUGUGUAUAUAUUUUUUUAUAGUGUGUGUGAACUGUCUUCCAUUUGCUGAAUAAAAUAAUGAAGGUAAAGUGAGAA